CUCGAGCGUAAGUGAAGUGGUAAGUUUGCAUUGGUAAGCUCGGCGGCGGUGCGGGCGCGAUAUAUACGGCGGGCGGGCGCCGGGCCGGCCAGUGUGCCGCUCCACGCACUACCAUGAACUACAUGUUCGCGCUCCUGCUGCUACUGCCCGCUUGUUCGGCGCACGUGUUUCCCUCGGAACAAUGUCGCGUGCGCGCGCGCAUCGAGUCGGGCACCGUGUGUGGAGUGGAACGUCUAGCCGACGGGGAUGUCAAGUACGCCAGUUUCAGAGGAGUGCCUUACGCUAAGCAACCAUUGGGGGAACUACGAUUUAAGGAGUUGGAGCCUGCAGAGAAAUGGGACUACUACUACGCGACUGACGAGGGCCCGGUAUGCUACCAACACGACGUCUUGUAUGGACGGCUCAUGCAGCCGCAGGGGAUGAGCGAGUCCUGCAUCCACGCCAACAUCCACGUCCCGAUGGAUGCUCUCCCAACUGAACACCCUGACGUCACAUUGCCUGGUUUACCGAUCCUGGUGUUCAUACAUGGAGGAGGAUUCGCAUUCGGUUCCGGCGACGCAGAUUUACACGGACCGGAAUAUUUAGUCAGCAAGAACGUCAUCGUCAUCACUUUUAACUACCGGUUGAACGUGUUCGGGUUCUUAUCCCUGAACACGACCGAGGUUCCUGGCAACGGUGGUCUUCGGGACCAGGUGACGUUGCUGCGCUGGGUGCAAAGAAACGCGAGAGCUUUUGGCGGAGACCCGAAGGACGUGACGUUGGCCGGCCAGAGCGCCGGUGCCGCGGCCGCACAUAUACUCACAUUGUCAAAAGCUACUGAAGGUUUAUUUAGAAGAGCUAUAUUAAUGAGCGGAACUGCAUCGAGUUCCUUCUUCAGUACCUCCCCUGCGUACGCGCAACACAUUAACAACAUAUAUUUACAACUCUUGGGCAUCACCUCUACUGACCCCGAGGACAUACAUCGCCAGCUCAUCAACCUCCCCGCCGAGAAGCUGCACGACGCUAACACCAAACUCAUAGAUAUGUUGGGGCUGGUGACAUUCGGGCCCAUCGUGGAGUCGCCCCUGCCGGGAGUCACCACCAUCAUCGAUGACGACCCAGACAUCUUACUUAGUAAAGGACGAGGAAAAAAUAUUCCUCUCAUAAUAGGCUACACGAAUGCUGAAUGUGAGACCUUCCGCAAUCGAUUUGAAACAUUUGAUCUUGUCAAGAAGAUCGCGUCCCAACAUUUUCUAGUAGUUCCACCAAAAUUGCUGUUCACGACUCCGCCACAAUUGUGGGCGAAUUUGGCAACAAGAAUGCUUGGAAGAUACUCUAACGGUAGAAUUAAUUUGGAUGGUUUUGUAAAAUCAUGUACGGAGGGCUUCUAUGAGUACCCUGCGUUAAAACUGGCGCAAAAACGUGCAGAAGUUGGCGGCGCCCCGGUCUUCCUGUACCUGUUCACGUUUGAGAGCCCCACCAGCAUCAUUAAGGAGAUCGCGGGCGCGAAUUACCGUGGGGCGGCUCAUAUCGAAGAUCUGACUUAUGUGUUCAAAGCAAACUCAGUGCUUGGGGGGCGGGAAGCCCCCGCGCAGAGCUUAGAAGAUUUAAGAAUGAAGAAUUUCAUGACGGACUUGUUUGUCCAGUUCAUGUCCUGCAGUAAACCGAUUUGCGACGACAAGCGGUCAAUAUGGCCAGAGAACAAUGGCAGUCAAAUCGAGGUGAUCGAAGCUCCCGGCGUCCUCCGAGCCAACAGCAGGUCGACGAGUCAGCUGGACGUGUUGGACUUCUUCGAUAGCUUACACAAUAAAGUGAAUGUGAUGUAAGACUGAUCGCCUGUGAUGUUUGGAUGACAGUAAAGUGAAGCACAGAAAUCAUUGUGCGUCGGACUCGAGUGUUUGAUCAAAGACUGUGCAGAAGUUGCUACGACAGCUUGCAAUAAUUUAUUUAGACACUUUUAAUGUCACAAGUCUAGUCGGUAACUCACGUUAUUUCUUGCCUUCGACUCCGUUCUAUGUUACUUUUUAAUUUCUUCGAAUGAC